AUGAUUCGAAGAAAAAUCUCUUCGAUCAUAUCGACGUCUCUCAUCAAUUCAUCGAUUCAUCAUCAUUCCGCCGCAAAACCCAGAUUCAUUUCUUCCUCACUUGUUCGUCAAUCUCCGAUUCUUACUCAAAUUCCUAGUUUAGCGAGCAGAGCUUCGUCGUUUCAGGGAAUUAGGGCUUACAGUUUGUUGAGCUUGAACGAUCUGAGAGAUAAUGUACCGAGAAAACUCAAGACGAGGAAAGGUAGAGGUAUUGGGUCUGGUAAAGGUAAAACUGCAGGAAGAGGUCACAAGGGACAAAAAGCGAGAGGAACGAUGAAGUUUGGUUUCGAAGGUGGGCAAACUCCAUUACGACGACGUUUACCCAAACGUGGUUUCAAGAACAAAUUGAAGCUCCAUUUCCAGCCGGUUGGUCUAGGGAAGAUCGCUAAACUCAUAAAUGCUGGGGAGAUAGAUUCUCAUGAACUGAUCACGAUGAAAACGCUCAAGGAUGUGGGAGCCAUAGGAAAACAAAUAGAAGACGGAGUUAGACUAAUGGGUCGUGGUGCUGAUGAGAUCAAAUGGCCGCUUCAUUUCGAGGUUUCGAGAGUGACGGUUAGGGCUAAAGAGGUGGUGGAAGCAGCUGGAGGAUCGGUGAGAAGAGUGUAUUACAACAAAUUGGGCUUAAAGGCAUUGCUUAAACCGGAAUGGUUUGAGAAGAAAGGAAGGUUAUUGCCUAAAGCAGCGAGACCACCUCCUAAACAACAAGAUAGGGUCGAUAGCAUCGGACGUCUUCCCGCUCCGAAGAAACCCAUUUUGUUUUUUGCAGCCGAGGAGAACAAAGUUGAGUCUCCUGCUGAAUCCUGA